UUUUAAUUGAUUUUUUUUUCUUUUUUCAGAAGGAAAAGAAAAAGUGGCGACGAACUUUUUUUUUUUUUCAAUGCAAAAAUUUGAAAUACGAUAUAAAUCAAAAGAGUAAAUCAAAGACAAGAGUAUAGAGCAACGCUCUGCACUUCUUCAUGAUUUCUCCCGGUGUAUCCGCCGGCGCUGUCUGUCUCAGAUGCCAAUUGCGCCUCCUCUCCCAGCGCACUCCUCGGUCCAUUCAGAGAUGCAAUCCCAUCUUAAGGCUCCCGCGAUCAAGUCUGCGAUACUCCUCCAGCGAGUCGAGUGGGCCCUUGCCUGAUGAUGAACCAGUUAACAGAAACGUUGUCAGAUUCCCAUACCAUGAUGAUUUCCCUACCCCUUCAGAGAAGGAGAUCCAAGGUUGGGGCCCUCGCGCGAAGAGGAAAUGGGUAGGAAAGAAGCGCAUUUCUCGCAAUCGCAUUCUCACAGAAUCUACCGAGUCACUCCAAUCGGAUAUGCUAGGAAAGCCCGCCUCUGUCAUUGUCAUGAAAGAUGGCGGUACUUAUCAGAACAGGAGUCGCGCGCUCGGACGUGAUGACUCCGUUGAAGAAGAACAUCGAGACGAUAGCCCCGUUGAUAUCCAAGCCAUACUUGACCAUCAGCGGACACGCCCCGAACACGAAGAAGUUCGUGCGAACAUUGAUGACCUAAAGCCAAAGACAGAGACUACAUUGUCCGAAAAGGAAUUCCGCUCGCUGCAGUCCUCGUUGAUGGAGGGUUUUCUGGUUCCCCAGCUCGAAGACUACCUCACUCAUCAACGUUUGAUUCGUGAACUGAACCCCUUGGCGGUUAAAACGGGAGACGCAUAUCUCAAAAACUACAGCUGGAUUAGAAACAUAUCACCCUGGAUACCACUGGGCAAUCAGUCAAGCAAGUUAAAGGACGACCCUGACUUGCGUGGCUACAUAAACGACACAGCUACACUCAAGGAGAGACUAGUUGUUAAAGUCAUGCGCCAGUGUUGGGGUCUGUCAAUUGCAGAAUUUGAAUCCGGACUUGGAGAAACCGUAAUUAAGCUUGGAAAUUUCGAGUUCCUCCUUUUGAUGCGCGGUAGCCAACGGUGGGUGUCCGUCAUGGGCAGGGUAUGGCUAGAACCAGGCGAGAAGAUCGAAGCUAUCCGUAAUUCCAAGUCGCUACGACUAGUAACAACAAAAACGAAGGUUGGAGUCCUGUUAAAAGAUCUAAAUGACACGCUGAAGCGGACCGUCUCCAAAGUCAUUCAAUUAGGCCUUAUUUCGCCCAAUUUCAUCAGUGGAGAACUGAUAGAGGAGGUCGGGCGCAUUACAAACGCACACGUUAGACAAAAUGAACCGCAGAGCCGGCUCCACAUUACAUGGAUCGAGGCGAAGAAACGGGAUUCUAAGUCACAUAACCGCCAAGAAGAUAUGAAAGAAGUUAUCUUCCGUCUAUUGUGGACAGCUUUGAACACACCGCCAGCAACAACUACCUCAUUCCGUAUAGCUGGCUUUGAUAAAAAUGCCGGCGGUAGGUUCGUGAGGGAUACUACAAGCCGGGAAAAGUUGGCAUGGAACCAUAGGGUGGGCCAGUGGGCUCGUUACGUCGUUCCAUUAACCUCAUUUGACGGCCGAAAAGAAGUAGAAGACCAGCUGGAGAGGCUCGAAUUACCGGUUGAGCCACAACAGUCCUUAGCACUCGAAGCCGACAACGUCAAGGAGCUUUUAUCAGCGACAGACGCCUCUGAGUUUCCCGUGGACUGGCCCAAGUCCCUCAAAUGGUCAACAGUGGCACAUUUUGGCUCCAUUCUACACUCACAAACCUCAACCGUCUCACCUCCUCCCCCCCCUGAACUCCUAGCUAUAAACCACCCUCGUGUGUUCUCCACCAUAACACCACACCCCUUUCACCUCGCCAAAUUUGAUGUAGAGAACCAAAAAACCGACAAUGUACUUGUGCAAAACAAAUUCACCAUCGUCAUCCGGUUCUGGCCCACUCCUUACCUCGACCCUGCCCUGAAUCAGCAGACGAAGAAAGUCUCUAAAUAUAGAUUAAGGGGUACCGAAGGGGUAAGAGUUAAGAAGAAUAUAAAAGCGAUCAAGCAAAAGAGGUUGAAGGGUUACGAGCCCAAGGCCGUGACAGUCAACACACCCAAGGGACCGAUCAUCGAGCUUCGCCUCCUGGUAGUAAACGACGAGGUCAAGGGCGUCGAGAGCGUGCGCGCCAUCCGGCAGACACACAUCACCGACGUGAUGCUCCCCGCUUCCUCCGUCGACGUGCGCUUCACGCAGGAGGAGUACGGGAUGCUCAGGGGCGAGCCCGCCGGGUUCACCGCCUGGGAGCCCGUCUCCCAGUUCCUGGACAACGCCGUCUUCGACGUCCCGAAGAACAAGUUCGAGAUGCCGCCGCGCCAGAAAUUCCCCAUCCCCCGCCGCUUCUUCAGCGACUACCCCCCCAGCCCCUUUCAGCCCCAGCCCGAGACGCCCCUCGACCCCGACGAGCUCGUCAGCACCGACUACACCUUCGUCGGCCUCGAGCUCCGCAAGGCCGUCUCCAUGCCCUACCACGGCUUCACCCUCACCUACACCUCCGUCGACGCCCGCCGCGGCGGUGGCAACCGCACCGAGAUCAGCCUCGAGCCCACCGCGGCUAACACCGAGGGCAUAUCGCUGAUCAAGCGCAUGCCCCCGCAGGAGAACUCCAAGCUCCAUGAUGAUUUCUUGGCGCUCUGCCGCAAGUUUGCGGGCGCGGAGACGCUUUGGUCAGGCGAUAUUCUGGAGAGGGUCUGAUGGACUUUUAGAUCCUGAAAGGCAGGAGGGGGGAGAGUGGUAGAAGGUAACUAUACAUACCUGAUCCUAAAGAGAGGGAAUGGGUAGUGGAUGAGAGCCUUAGCAUGGGUUCAUUGUAACAUUAAGACACUGCUUAUUAGGUACCCUAAGCAGGUAGGUAGGUAGGUAGGUAGGUAUGAAGGUAGAUUAGCACUUAUGUAUGAUCGAGGGGCAUAGCAGACCUAACCUAGGUAUAUUU